AUGGCUCUGGUUCUACAUGCGAGUAGUACAAACAAGAAUGGCUACAAGGCUCUCAUUGCUGCUGAAUACAGUGAUGUAAAAAUUGAACUUGUAAAGAAUUUUGAGAUGGGUGUAUCCAACAAGACUCCCGAGUUUCUCAAAAUGAAUCCUAUUGGAAAGGUUCCAGUACUUGAAACUUCUGAUGGCCCACUAUUUGAAAGCAAUGCUAUUGCUCGAUAUGUUACUCGGCUGAAGGCUGAUAACCCCCUGUAUGGUACUUCCUUGAUUGACUAUGGCCGCAUUGAGCAAUGGAUUGAUUUUGCCACUGCUGAGAUUGAUGUUAAUAUCGGGCGUUGGUUAUACCCACGAUUUGGUUUAACUGUAUACCUUCCUCCGGCUGAAGAGGCUGCAAUUGCUGCAUUGAAAAGAGCUCUCGGAGCAUUGAACACACAUCUUACCUCUAACACAUACUUGGUUGGUCAUGGAAUCACACUGGCCGACAUUAUUAUGACAUGCAACCUGAGUAUUGGAUUUAAGGCUAUCAUGACUAAGAGCUUUACAUCAGAAUUUCCUCAUGUGGAGAGAUACUUCUGGACCAUGGUUAAUCAGCCAAAAUUUCACAAAAUUUUGGGUGAUCUGAAACAAGCAGAAUCUAUUCCUCCUGUUGCAUCCAAGAAGCCUGCACAGACUAAAGAAUCUGCAAAACCCAAACCAAAGGAUGAACCAAAGGAAGAGGCUAAGAAAGAAGUGAAGCCGAAAGAGCGAAUGGAUCUGGCCCGCAAAUAUGCCUUUGGGAAGAUGUUGAUCAUUGGUUCUGAGCCCCCAUUCAAGGUGAAGGGAUUGUGGCUUUUCCGCGGUAAAGAAAUUCCUCAGUUUGUUCUUGACGAGUGUUAUGACAUGGAGCUCUAUGAGUGGACCAAGGUCGAUCUCAAUGAUGAAGCUCAGAAGGAACGUGUCAGCCAGAUGAUUGAAGAUGCAGAGCCUUUCGAGGGCGAGGCUCUGCUAGAUGCCAAGUGCUUCAAAUGA